AUGCUAUCAGCUCCGGAACCUCUCGAUCAAGCAGCUUCUACUUUUUCUAUUCAAGACGGGGAGAAAUCAUCAAUUCAAUUAGAUGCCGGUUGUUUCCUGAAACUAGCUGCCAGAACUGGGCUAGAUAGGGCGUGCGAAGGGCGAAGGGGAUGGCUUCUAGCUGUUCAAACUCCCUAUCAUCGUAUGUCUCCGCCGACCCAACGACUUUCCGAUGUGAUUGACAAGCAGCGGGGCAUGGAACGGAGUUUAAUUCAUCGCGACAGGAGUUCACCAAGUCUAAGAAUGGGCCGGUCAUCCAACGAGAACGGGAGUCGUCAGAUCUUGCCCAGGCAAAGGAGCGAUCGACACUCGCUCGCAAGUUUUAAGCGCAAGGACAAGUUGAUUCAGAAAGGGGAACAGGAGUAG